GCGUCGGAGAAGAAGCUAUCGAACCCAAUGAGGGACAUUAAAGUGCAGAAGCUGGUUCUCAACAUCUCCGUUGGUGAGAGUGGCGAUCGUCUCACCAGAGCUUCCAAGGUUUUGGAACAAUUGAGUGGCCAAACUCCUGUUUUCUCCAAAGGAUGUGGAAGACGAUUAAUAAUCUCUAAUUUUGGCAAUUCUGUUCAUUUGUUGUUUUGUGCAGCUAGAUACACUGUUCGUUCUUUUGGAAUCAGACGUAACGAGAAGAUCGCAUGCUAUGUAACCGUGAGAGGUGAUAAAGCAAUGCAACUUCUUGAGAGUGGACUCAAAGUCAAAGAAUACGAACUCCUCAGAAGAAACUUCAGCGACACCGGCUGCUUCGGUUUCGGCAUUCAAGAACACAUUGAUCUCGGUAUCAAGUAUGAUCCAUCGACUGGAAUCUACGGUAUGGACUUCUAUGUUGUCCUGGAGCGACCUGGUUACCGUGUGGCACGUCGCAGAAGGUGUAAGGCUCGUGUCGGUAUCCAACACAGAGUAACCAAAGACGAUGCGAUGAAAUGGUUCCAGGUGAAAUACGAAGGAGUCAUUCUCAACAAGUCUCAGAACAUCACUGGCUAA